CAUGUAGAAUAUGAUCGAUUUCGAUGAUCUUCCUAAUUCGAAUUUUUAAGCUCCAUAACUGGAAUAUGAUUGAAUUGAACUUCCAUGCGAUAAAAAAUGGGAGCAAAUUCAGGAUUAGACUUAAUUUCUUAACCUUGCCUAGGUACGACCUAAUUUUACAAUUAGACCUGAAGUCUGCAAGAGUGACCCUGGGAGUUAACCUCUCAAUUCUUAUAACCGCCAAGACAUCCAACGGCCACCAUGUGUCUCGCGCCAAAACCAUUCCAUCGCCACCGUCCGCUCCAUCCACCAACCGCACCCUUGAGGAAGAAUCAUCCAAACAAGAACACAACUUUUCCCCUCAGUUUCUCAUUCUCCUCUGUGUCUGCAGAACUCGAAAAAUGGCAAUUCAUUUGCUCCAGCAGCUCCUGCUGGCAUCCCUCGCUUCCUCGACUCUCAUCAACCCCUGCGUCUCUCAACUCUCGGAGAACGAAGAAACAUUGCCUGCAUUCGCUUUUAGUUGGCCGAACAAUAACGGCACGUUCAGAGCGGGAGAUGUUGCUGUCAUUGACAUUAAGGUGCUUGGGAAUCUAGAGAACAUGAGCGAUUUCAAGCCCGUUAUUAGCGUUAAUGAGAAGCCCGGAAACAGUUGCUAUGUCUCUGGCGUGGGGUUGGAACAUUUUGGGGAGGGUCCAAGUUUCAGCAGUUGGAGGAUCGUCUUCACUCCAAUUAGGGUAGGCAUGUUCAAUGUGAUCAUCACCGAGGACCGAUUCAAAGUUCUAGAUUCCUCUCUUCAUUUUGAAGUCUUACCAGGUCGUAUCUACUCAUCAGUCUGCUCCGUGUCGUGGAUUGGCCUCGUGAAUGAGUUUGCUGCAGGGACGAAAGCUACUGUUAGGAUUCUCCCCAAGGAUGCAUUUGGGAACAAUGUUUCUUCAACAACUGAGCCGCUGGACUCGUACAACUUCACAGUGUCUGCGCUGCUCGAAAACGGUUCAGCUGCAAGCUUGGCAAACACCACUUACAUGGGUCAGAAUGAGUUUGGAUACAUUAUUAUCGAGUUCGUAGCAUCUGCUGCUGGAAAGUUCUUCUUACAGGUACUGGGACAAGGAGCAAACCUGGACGGAUCCCCCCUCCCGUUCCAGGUGAACCCAGGACCUCUAGAUGUUCCAAGCUGUACGGCUGAAUGGAAGUUUGAGACAAAUUCUUGGCAAAUAUUCUCCAAGGUGGAGAUAUACAUACGUCAGCUCGAUCGAUAUGGGAAUCUCAUUCCUGGAUUGUAUGAAUUUGAUGCCGAUGUCAUUGAGAAAGAGAUGAACCUGUCUAUUCCCAUUCCCGAUCUCUACUUUGAGGAAGUCUCUCCAGGAAUUCAGCUCUUCUCCUUCAGCGCAGUGGAGUCGGGCAACUUCUCGCUCACUAUAUUUGAUGAGGAGCACAACAAAAGCAUUUCUAAUAUGCCAUAUGAAUUUACAGUUUUUGUAGGUCGAUCACAUUUUCCCGAACAUUACCCUUUGUGUGUAUGUUUUGCUGAGGUUUCAGGAUUUACUGGCAGUGGUUUUAAUUUGAUAGGAUACUGUGAUGGAUCGAACAGUGUUGUCAAUGGCUCGGGUUUGAAUAGUUCGGCCCCGGGAAAAGUUGCGGAGUUCUCUAUCUACUUAAUAGACCUUUUCCAGUACCCAUCUCCAGUUGAAAUUGAAAGAGUUCGAGUCCAAAUCAUACGGGAAAUCGAUUCUUCUUAUGUAGAAUCAAGUAUAUAUCCUCUGCAAUUUACUAAUGGAAGUACACAGAAUAGAGCUUUGACAGUGAGCUCCGCGAAUGAGACAACUCUCGGUCCGGCACCAUCCCCUAACCUCAGAAACAGUUCAACUGGGGCCUGGAGUGCUUGGGCUAGUGCUUUCAUUGUGGUCUAUCUACCGGAAAAGAGUGGGACCUAUCAAAUUAGUGUUUUCUGCGGAAAUAUAUUACUUAACAGCGGAAGUCCCUUCAGAAAGGAAGUCAUUGCAGGGGAGGUUGAUAUGACGCUUUCAGGCGUCGUGGAGCUCCAUCCCAAGGUUCCUAAGCACAUAAAGAACGAAGUGGUAGUGAGGUUAAUGGAUUCGUUUUAUAAUCCUGUCCUCGGGCAGCAGUCAAGGCUAAAGCUCGAGAUCACUUCAAAGAACAAUUCGGAUUUUCUGAAUUGGGCAUUUGUGAACAACAGUGACGGGUCUUACAGUGGACACUACGUGGCUAUGGAUGUCGGAACUUACGAGCUCUGUGUGUCAUUUGAUGGAAACCCAUUCAAAUCUUGCCCUUCCAUUGUAAACGCGUAUAGCAGUGAAUAUUUUCCACAAGCUUACAAUGAUACAGCAUCAGUUUGGGAGGAUGAGUCAAUUGCUUUCGAUGCUUUGGAGAACGAUUUCUUUGCUGGGGACAAUGCAAGUAUUCUCAAUUUUUCACAGCCAAGUCACGGUUCGCUUCUCCAAUAUGAGCGGCUGCUUAGAUACACACCGUUCCGAGAUUUUUAUGGAAAUGAUUCUUUCUUGUACACAAUCGCCGAUGUCAAUGGCAAUCAAGCCACAGGGUCUGUAAAGAUAAACGUUCUCAUAAUACCGCCCCAGUUCAUCUCCUUUCCGACUCUAUUGGAAGCUACUGAAGACAUCAUAAGUCCCAAGUUUGGUGGCUAUUCAGGUUUGAGGGUCACAUAUUCAGAUCUCAAGGAAAAUAUAUCGGUUGCGCUGAGUGCACAGUCUGGCAGUGUAUCUCUCUCCCCCAUGAUGAUGGAGUUGGGCCAAUCGGAACUUUCCAUCGAGAUAGGGGAUGGAGAAAAGGAUGAUUUAGUUCUGCAGGGUCGUGUUGAAGUUGUUAAUGCUGCUCUGCAGUCAUUCCAGUAUCUCGGGAACGAGAACUUUAGCGGUGGGGACACCAUCCGAGUUUCCAGCUGGAACAAGAAUGGAAAAAAUGAUUUGGAUAUUCCUAUGUUUGUGGAACCCAUCAAUGAUCCUCCCUUCAUCUGUGCUCCCGGAUUCAUCAUCCUCAAUUACAGGAGUGAUGAUAAGUCGCUGAUAUUCGACAGAGAAAGGGAUGAGUUUGACUUCUUUGUCGGGGAUCCCGACGUUCCUCAUUUUCCAGGUGGCGACCCCCAAUUUCUGGUUGCAUUUUCGUUAGAAGUCAGCAACGGUUUCAUUGUAACCACUUUGCCUGCACAGCUUGUGAACACGACCGAACUGAAGCUGAAGAGAAUCUAUCAGUGGCAACCACUUCAGACUUAUGUUUCCAUCUCGAAACAUUUCAUGGUUCAAGCAGUCGGGGUUCGGUUCCAAGGAGCAAUAAACGAAUGCAACGAAGUAAUGCAGCAGCUGUACUAUCAUGGUGGGGACGGUGGCGCUGUGUUGACGCUGAAGCUCAAUGAUUUAGGAAACUACGGCCGCUUUCCCGAAUGCACUGAGAAGCUUUCCCAGCCACUGUAUGCUGAAGCUUCGGUAAAUCUGAUUCGGAGAAGUCCCAUGAGUUCGCUGCUAGCACAUUCACUGGGAACAGCUAUUAUAAUCGAGCUCGUUGUGUUGCUCUUACUCGGGGUCCUACUACUGUUUUUCACGUGCAAAUGCGCAUUUCUUCUUGUAAACGAAAGGAGAAAGCGUCGCGCCAAUGCUACUUCUGGAUCAUCAAGCAUCCACAAUUCCAGGAAAUAUCCUUCGACCACGAACUCACCAGAGAAUGCAACCUACUUCUCUGCCCGUUGCUUAAGCCGCUCUUUGCUAGGCGGGAAGCUCCAGGAAAUUCGCCAGCGGUUUCGAAGACGUUCAGGAAAUGAAGUACGGACCAAUGAUCACUCGAGUCAAGGUCCCAUGCUCACUGUCUCUCCGUUCAAUAUCGAGAAAAACAGAGAUACUAUAAGCCCCUGAACAUAUUAGACAACCUUUUACUCGAUGUUGAACCCUCAAUAGUAAAGGAAACAGCAGAUGACGCUCUGAUAUAUUUCGAAUUAGAGGCAUGCUCAUCUCCACAGACGUGCUGUUUGUUACUUUGUUUUAUUUAACACGAAAUCACAAGCUUCGCAAACACAAUGGAGCAACAUACACAGUACUAAUUCCAUAGCUAU